AUAUUCGUGCAGAUCCAUAUCCCGCAAAAUCUGUUGGUACUAUUUUCCCCGCCCACGGAUGGCCCGACUUGGGCCUGGGGUCUUGGGUGGGCAAACCGCAUGCCCUUCCUCCUCUCCAAGGGUCUCAGUGUUGUGGCGUUAGACAAGAUGGGAUGUGUAGGUAUUGAUACGACCGAGGACGUCAAGUUCUAUCCAUGGAAGCGCGCCGCAGACGAUAUAGCGACAUUUGCAAGCCAACUUGGUCUGUCGCGCAGCAUCCUCGGCGGACACGACUUUGGCGGAGUUGUGGUCCAUCGUACAUGGACGUCUAUCUGGCACCCAGACCUCUUUGCCGCCUUUUACAUGCUCAAUGCACCUUCUGCAGCUCCCACAGCCUCCUCCAAGUUCCAGCAGGCUAUUUUAUAUAUUGCUGCGACCCGGGACUUCACGCUGCUUCCGCCUCUCCCGGAGGACAUGGAAACGGACUAUGACAGCUUGAGCCGGUGCGAAUUGAUGGCAGGCAUUGGUCGAGGUGGCGGAAGCCUGCCACCUAGAGGAUGGUUGGCCAGCUCAGUGUUGGGCAGUGAGUCCUUGAACCUUACCGCAGGCUUUGGCCUUGGAGCGCUUUGA